CGGGCUUAGCUUGUUCAGCCAUGUUAGUUUUCUCAAACGAUGAGAGAGAGGAGACAUGGCCUUGUCACUGAGCGGAGACGAUGAGGAAUAUGAUUCCGAGUCUGAGCAGCAGCGGGCGGCUAACCGGCCCAAGCCCAAGAUGGGGACGUCAUCAGCUGUUAAGCUGCCGUCCAACCGCAGCUCGUCCGGAGCGCGCCGCAGGAGGACACGCUGCAGAAAGUGCGAGGCGUGCCUCCGGUCCGAAUGCGGAGAGUGUCACUUCUGUAAGGACAUGAAGAAGUUCGGUGGGCCGGGGCGCAUGAAGCAGUCCUGCAUCAUGAGGCAAUGCAUCGCGCCCGUGUUGCCCCACACAGCAGUGUGUGUAGUGUGCAAAGAAGCAGGGAAGGAGGACACACUGGAGGAUGAGGAGGACAAGUUUAACUUUAUGCUGAUGGAGUGCUCCAUCUGCAAUGAGAUCGUCCAUCCCAACUGCCUCAAGGUGUGCGACGCUUCGGGAGUGGUGAACGAUGAAGUCCCUAACUGCUGGGAAUGUCCUAAAUGCAACCAUGCUGGGAAGAGUGGAAAAGCAUUGAAGCAAAAAAGGGGUCCAGGGUUCAAGUACGCCUCCAACCUCCCCGGCUCUUUGCUGAGGGAACAGAAACCCGUGAAGGAGGAAGGGGAUGUUUCUUCUGCAGUUAAAAGGAGAUCAGACAAAGAGGAGACACCCAGGUACCGACCUGAGGAGUCGCUCAGUCGACAGCCACCGGUGCUCUCACCUAGCAACCUACCACGGCCUCGGCCCGAGGACAAACUGAGGAAAAAGAGGAAGCUGUUUGAUGAUGAUGAGGAAGAGGAUCUCGGUGUGAGGAAGAAGGAAAAGUCAGAUGAUCCUUAUUUUUCCAAACUUCUUCAUCAAAUCAAGACAGAAGAGGAUGAUGAAGACGCCGAAGAAGAGGAUGAUGAAGGAAGGGAGUCUCAUUUCCGGAGUUAUGUAGAGAGGAAAGGGCGUUUUGGAGACCCUGAAGACGAGGGCGAUUACAAGGACUCAAAAAACGACCUUUUGAAUCCCAGCCUUAGAACGCCCAUUGGAGACAGUGACCAGUCUCACUGCAGCUCUCCACAGGCCGGCCCCAGCAGUGAGGGUGGCAGCGAGACCCAGGAAAAAGGUUCCCGUCCAAAGGUUCGGCGUAAGCGGCGUUUACCUAAUAGAGAGCUGAGCCGAGAAUUGAGUAAAGCACUGAACCAGGAAAUCCAGAAGACUGAGGACUGCAUGGCCAACGAGAACCGGCAACCACUAAAGGCGGAACCAGAGACAGAAAAUGAGGAACCUAAGUUGUUCCGCAAUGGCAAUGAGCUUGGGGAUCAGAGGGCCCACCUCAAGACCAAAGAGAUGAAUGGGACCUCCUGGGAGCUCCGACACUUCUACCCGAGUCAGAUCACUCCUCUGGGCUUCAACAGAAGCACCCCAACGACCCGGCCGGUACCCCCGCGCUCUCCCCCCAAGUGUGUCCAAAUGGAGCGGCAUGUUAUUCGGCCCCCUCCGAUAAGCCCGCCUCCUGACAGACUGCCUCUAAAAGAUGGUAAAGCACAUACCAUACAGCGAGAGCUCUGGAUGAAGAUAUUCCGCUAUCUCACACACCAGGAGCUGUGUGUGUGCAUGAGAGUGUGCAAGACGUGGAACAGAUGGUGCUGUGACAAGAGACUCUGGACAAAGAUAGAUCUGAACCGCAGCACUUCAGUCACCCCACUUAUGCUAAGUGGGAUUAUCCGCCGACAGCCAGUGUCUCUGGACCUCAGCUGGACCAACAUUUCCAAGAAGCAAUUAAGCUGGCUUAUUAACCGAUUGCCAGGUCUGCGAGUGUUAAGGUUAUCAGGGUGCUCCUGGGCUGCUGUGUCUGCACUCUGCACCUCUAGCUGCCCUCUGCUGCGCACCCUGGAUGUGCAGUGGGUGGAGGGACUCAAAGAUGCACAGAUGAGGGACCUUCUCUCCCCUCCCACAGACAACAGACCAGGUCAACUGGAUAACCGCUGCAAGUUGCGGAACGUGGAGGACCUGAGGCUAGCAGGGCUGGACAUCACUGACGCGUCUUUACGCCUCAUAAGUCGACAGAUGCCUUUGCUGUCCAGGCUGGACCUUAGCUACUGCAACCAUAUCAAUGACCAGUCAGUCAACCUGCUGACGGCAGCCGGAACCACAACCAGAGACUCCCUCACAGAAAUCAACCUAUCAGUGUGUAACAGAGUCACAGACCAUUCCCUAAACUUCUUCAAGCGCUGCGGAAGCAUCUGUCAGAUCGACCUUCGCUUCUGCAAGCAGGUGACCAAGACGGCCUGUGAAAGGUUCAUAGCAGAGAUGUCUGUGAGUGUACCAUUUAAACUGAAAGAGGACAAAUUGCUGCAGAAGAUAAGCUAGUUCCUACCAGGGCAAAAAGGACUUAAAGAUGGUCUUUGCACUUAAUGAAACAACUGGUCCUGUGAUAAGUCUCUGAAUCACUGUCAACUAAAGUGAAAGAUGGAGGUUACUGGUUGGAGGCCUUGGAGUCUAAUGUAAGGAGGUGACAAACAUUCACUGGACACAUUAUGAGGAAAUGGCAUGCAUGUAUUUCUGUUGAGACUGUACUUUUAUAAAGACCUCCUUGUAAUUGACUGUUGGGUUAUUUUUAUUCCUUAAAUAUUUGAAAACAGUAUUUUUAUAGCAGCAUCAUUUUAUGAGUUUACAGUGUCUCAGGAACUUAAAUAUCACAGAGAGACUGUACAGCAACUGAAAACGAUCUCCUUCAGUUUGCCCUCAUGUAACAGUCUGUGUGCCAAAUGUACAUUUGAAUUUAAUGUCACUUCAGUGUCAGACAAAAAAAAGAUAAAAAAUAGCAUGUACAAUAUAUCUGAUAAUAAAAAUAUUUAGAAUGGCUUUUGAUUAUGAUAAAAAAAAAAAAAA